AUGAUGACGAGUUGGGGUCGGGAGUGGCUGUCGGGCGUCCGCGGCCGUUGCGUCAAGGUCAGCGAAUGGUGGGACUUUCUCGGAUCCGGCGAGGUGUUUCCGCCCGAGGCGUGGCUCGAGAUUGCGCAGCUCGAGUACAACGGCUAUGCCGGUUGCUCGGAUGAUCUGCGCGAAAUCAAGGCGGACAUGGAGGAGGCGAUGGACGCCAUGGACCUCGUCCAGCCUCACGCUGUGGUGUCUCAGACGACUCGCAAGCAGGUUCGCGGCAUCUUGGGCGGACGACGCAAAUGGCUUUUCGACAAACGACGACUCGAGACGACCGAGGAGCGAUCUGCUAGGGUCGCCGAGCGUCGCGCGCGAGACGCAGCAGCACGAGCAGCUAGGGCUGCUCGACGUCAGUCCCGCCACAGCCAGUCCGGUAGCGCUGCGCGCUAG